AUGAUCGGGAGACAGUGGUCAGUCAUACUCGUGCGGUCGAAGCGAAGCGACAGCACCGGGGCACUCACCACAUCCUUGAUCGCGUUAGCGAUCUCCUUCAUCGCAGCCUCCGUCCCCAGUUUCUUGGUCGGUUGGAGGAUGUUGGCCUCGUACUUCGAAGGCGUGGCAAGAAAGUACUUGUCCAUCGCCUUCGAAAGGCGAGGCUUGCCCAUCUGGGCAAAGAGCUGUUGCUCCCUCUCUGCCGCCGUGACAGUCAUCGACACGACCGGACUCGACCUCAUCGGACUCGAGCGUGGCAAGGCAUCGUCGAGGUCCGACAUGCCUGACAGGCCUACGGCCUCGCGUGAACGACCUAGGUGUGUCGGCAGCGAUUGGGUGGCGGCGGGGGCGGGGGGCGCAAGCUGGCGCAAGUGUAGACGUGCCAACUCACAGGCCUGGCGCGCAAUCUCUGCCGUUGACGCGCAUCGAUUCCGCGGCGUUGGGGCUGGGCUUUCAUGGGUCCUCGCGCGUCUGAGGCGAAGUUCGUCCAACACGGCGCCGACUCGCACGCCAAAGUUCUAGCGCCGCCUCAUCUUCAACCUCGACCUCGACCGCAAUGGCAUCGAACUCUCUCACGGUGUCGAGCUAAAGCGCUGGUAGUUCUGACGCAGCUUCUACAUCCGCCGACCCCCAGCUGCCUUCGACGUCUGACACGUACGACCAGGCGCCGCGAGGGACGCGCUUCACUGCAGGGACGCGCUUCCCUGCUGGCCACGACAGCGACUACAGCGACCGCAAAUGCGCCCAGGAACGCGACCGCAAACUUGGCGUCGGGCCCUCUACCUCGGUAUCGCACUCGUCGAGCCACUUCGACCUCAUUACGACCGCGCCGGGAGGCGGCCUCGGCAGAGCGAGCAACAGCCAGAGCCGAAAGGAUCUUCCAGGCGGUCCAGAUGCACCAAAAACACUGUCCGGCCCUUGAGGCCUACUUCUUCGGCCAUCCGACCGCUGAGGAGCUCGCUAACAAGAUCUGGCCCAAGCAGUCCAACAUUGGCACCGAAGAAGCGCUGGGCGAGGUUAUAGCAGAUGUCAUCAACCAGGUGCGUCGACGCCUGGGCUACUCGACCGCUUGGCGGCGUGAGUUGCGAAAUGUAUGCCUCCGAUGGCUGACGUCGUUUCUCACUCUUGGGCCUCAGACUGGAGACCGGCGACUGGUCGCCUGCAAGAACUCGACCCAGUACAUCAGCGUCGCACCUAACCGCGUAAAGACGACCGAUAAGACGGCCGACGUCGUGCUCUUGACCCACGCUGCGGUCGCGCACGACCCAACCCUCCCGAAUGUAUGGGCCCUUCCCAGUCACGCCGAUCCGCAAGCCAAGGAAGCCGCCCCCGAUGCGGAUCUCGACACCAACGUGAACGGAACCGGCAAGGGCCAGCAUCAGAACGAUGAGGCCGAGGCCGUGGACGCCGACAACGAUGGGUACGACAAGUACGACGAGGACGACAACGACGACGACGACGAAAACAAGACCGAGGUCAAGGUGGACCUGAACCGGGCCAAACGCUCCUUUACGCACGUGGCUGCCGUCGGCGAGACUAAAACGGACAACUCCAACGCCGAGAGCCAGUUGUUCAGACGUUUGUCGGCACUCCUUGCGACGCCGAUUCGAGAAUAUGCGAUCGGGUUUACCCUGCACGGCGACCGUCUCAAAGUCUACGUUAUGACUUCUUGCGGCAUGUUCUUCACCAAACACAGAACGGUCACCAAAGAAAAUGGAGAGCUGUCGACCUUCUUGUACCGUCUCCUCAAACACAGUGAUCGGCUUAACGGCGUUCUCCCCACCACUACCUCGCUCGACGACCGCUACGGCCCGUUCACGCUCUGCCCCGACUUCUUCCCGCCGGCGGCCUCCGAGUUCAGCGGGGGAGCAACGACAAUGUCCAACGUCAAGAUCGAGAAGCUUUUGUUCCGUCGACGAAGAGAGUGCGGCCGUGCGACAUCGACAUACGAGAUCACCCUUGGUGAGGGCGCCAACGUCAGGACUCGCGCGAUGACAAUCACCUGGGUCGAGCAGUCGCGCAACUCGGACUUGGCCGAGAUACGCAACCUGAUUCAAAAAAAGAGACCCCGAGGGCUCGCUCCGCUGGUCGGCGUCUUUCGCACCGAAUACAGGACCCUCCCCAUGUUCCUACCCGGCGACGAAUCCCUGAAAGGUGUCACCCCGCGGGCCAGGGAGGUCGUCGUUCACGAAGAGUGCUACAACUCACUCGCCACGCUCGAAAACACCAAGCAGCUCGCGCGCGCUCUCGAGGGUGCGAUUGAGGGUGAGUGCUCAGAGCAGAGCGGGACAGCGCGCUGAAGGGUGUGCCUGCACUGACGACCCUUUCCGUGUACGAUGUACGACUGCGCCCUUGCGUGACAGGGCAUCGCCAGCUUUGGAAUCACGGUUUCAUCCACCGGGACGUGUCCUAUGGCAACGUAAUGGUGGACCAAUACGGCAAAGGAAUAUUGAUCGACUACAAUCUGGCGGUGAAGAAGGCUCGAACGGCAGAAGAAGAGUGUCGCCUCAGCCGCUCGGUACGUUCUCGCGUCCGUGCUAGCCCUCAACACGUUCUUGGACUCACCCAACUCCUUCCCACCCUUCCCCUGUACCAUGAUCAACCACAGGGAACGCGACCCUAUAUCUCUCGACUCUUGCUCAGCCCCGCAACUGAGGGUGUGGUGCACGAGCGCUGGCACGACAUCGAGUCCUUUUUUUAUGUGGCGUCCCGCACGGCUUUUCAAUCUGAGUCUGCCGGCCCGCCCCUUUUCGAGAAGCCGAAAGCCGAGCGUAUCUGGAACGUGUGGAAUGCCAAGGAUCUCGACGAUGCAGCAGGCAGGAAAAAUGGGCUGUCUACGGAACACGGCUUCGAGGAGCUCCUGAACGCAUGCGCAUCUCAUUGGUCUGGCGUGGAGAAGGUCCUGAGUGUCCUGCAGCAAAAUUGCUCGCUGGAUCAGUCUUUCGCAAGGGUGAGACCCAUCAAUACAGAGCCAGAACUUGCGUCGCUUUGGAACUCCGGUCAGAUGUCGUAUGAACACGUCCAGGCGGCUUUGAAGGCACUUUGCGAGUAG